GGUAUGUCACUAAAUAGAAGGUCACAAUGGCACGUGGUGGCUGAUUCCCACUAUCUAUUAAACCCACUGGCGACUUUCCAGUUACACCGUUGAGUCCCUCUUCCCAGCUGUUCAUAGCUGUCCAUUCCUUCUCCAUCCCCAUGUGACCCUACUCACACAAGAUACCCUUCCAUUUUUUUUUCAUUUUUUUUAUUAGGAUUUUAUAUCCUAUAACAAAAUAUUUAAAAAUAUUUUACAUCACAAAAAGAAAAAAAAGAGAAAAAAAAAGUUCAUGAUUAUGUUGUUUAAUUAACUUUAUAACUUUCUUCCCUCUAACAUUCCCCAAAGGUUUCUGGGGUUGUACAUAUAGGGUUGUGUUAGAGGCUCUUCACCUUCAUUUUUCAUUUUUCUUCUCCCUCUCUCUAUCUCUCUAUCUCUCAUUCAUACAUUGCAUAUUAUUUUCAUGCAAAAACAUCAUUAACAAAAACAACAACAUAUUUAAGGUUUGCGAAAAUUCCUGUUAAAAUGGCACAAUUACCUCCCAAGAUUCCAAACAUGUCACCAAGUUGGCCAGAUUUUUCAACUCAUCAAAAAAACAUCAUGCCAACAUCCAUUUCAUCCAACAACAUUGUCUUCAGCAGCAACGUUAACACAAACAAUUAUCAUCAGAAUCAAAACCCUUCAUGGGUGGACGAGUUUCUCGACUUCUCAUCCGCUAGGCGGGGAGCUCACCGUCGGUCCGUCAGCGACUCCGUUGCGUUCCUAGAAUCGCCAAUGCUCGAUGAUUGCAGCGGGAAAAAUGGUGAAAAUGAAAACAACAUUAAUGAUGAUGACCAUGAGUUCGACAAGUUUGAUGAUGAGCAGUUUAUGUCCAUGUUCAGCGAUGAAAUAGCUGGUGUGCAUAACAUGCCGCCAAUAUUGUCCUCGUCGAAUGCUUCGAGUCCUUCUGAUCAGAACUUUGUCAACAAUGAGAAUGAGAAUGAGAUGAUGAAUAAGCAAGAAGAGAAGAAGGAGAAUGAUUUGAGAGAGAUGAAGAAAGAGGAAGAUGAUGAGAAGCAAUUGAAAAAUGAACCUGAUGAGGUUGAAAGCCAAUGCAAACAGGAAAAUUCACAGCCUCAAAAUAAUAACAACAACAAUUCAUCUUCUUCGAAUGACAGAAUCACCGAUCCUAAGAGAGUUAAAAGAAUCUUGGCGAAUAGGCAAUCGGCGCAAAGAUCGCGAGUGAGGAAGCUGCAAUACAUAUCAGAGCUUGAACGAAGUGUAACUUCAUUGCAGGCCGAAGUUUCAGUGCUUUCUCCACGAGUUGCAUUUUUGGAUCAUCAACGUUUGCUUCUAAAUGUUGACAAUAGUGCUCUCAAGCAAAGAAUUGCAGCCCUUGCUCAAGACAAGAUUUUCAAAGAUGCUCAUCAAGAGGCACUGAAAAGGGAGAUAGAGAGAUUAAGACAAGUAUAUCACCAUCAAAACCUCUCAAAGAUGGAAAAUGGAACAGGUUCACCUUUACCAUCUCCAUCACAACAAAAGCCAUUAUGUGAUCCUCAGCCAGAAAAUGAACAACUUCUCAAUGGAAACACAUGUGCAGCAGUGGCAUCAAAAGAAAGGGUGGAAGAAACAGUUGUGUCUGCUUUAACUUAAUUUAUUAUACUAUCUAUAUAGAAUAGAGGUAUAAUAGUAAUGAUAAUGUUUGUUGAUGAUUCUUUCACUUCUUUAGUUUUGUCUUUUGAUUCUUGUGGAGUGAUGGAUAUUGUGUCACCAUUGGAUUUAAUGGUUUGGUUUGGUUGUAAUCUAUUAUAAUUAUUAUAUAAUCAUUUUUAUUUGACAUAUUAAUUAGAAAAAAAUAAUUAUAAAAUGUAAAUAGUUAUCAUCAGUUUGACUCAAUUUGUGAUGUAUAUAUAAUGGAGUUUUAACUGUUUCA